UUGCUUCUCCCAAAAAAUCUCGCUCUAAAAAAUCCCAAUCAAUUCCUCGCGACAUCAGUACAGGAAUGGAAACCAGCAUCUCCUCAUCCGUCUUAUCUUCAGAAGUUUCCACAAACUCUGUCAAGUGUCAACAAUCUUCGUCCACCAAAUGUCAACAUCUCCUCCGCUUCCUUAACGCUCGAGACUCAACGAAAGGCCAGUGCAUGGCCCGAUAAUUAUUUGGAAUGGAUCGAUUUCAACCAAUUUAAGGAGAUUUAUGAGGUUGGCGAGGGUGAUAAAGGGCAACGUUGCUCUCAGACGGUGGUAGCAUUGAAGAGCAUUAAAAAUUCCCAGAGUAUCACCCCGUACUAUGUUCAAAAUCUUAAAACCUAUUACCUCCAUUCCACGGAAUGCCCAAAGCGUAUUCACAACUACCUUCAAUUCUACGGUAUCACCCAGUAUCCCUCCACCGGCGAAUACAUGUUGGUUACACAAUACGCCAAUCGUGGAAACCUCCGGCAAUUCAUGCAUUCCUCUCCUCGUUCCUUCUCUCGCUUCCGAUGGACGGAAAAACUUUGGUGGCUCUGUGACAUUAUUUCCAAUCUCGCCAUCAUUCACAAAGAAGGUCACGUUCACGGUAAUUUGCACACCGGUAAUAUCCUCCAAACGGGCAAAGAUCGUCGGGAAACCCAUUCUUCGAUAUCGGAUCUUGGAUUGUGCAUACCGGCGGAUAGUACUUGUCCGAUAUCAACAACCGCUGAAUCUCUGCGAGGUAAUAGUUUGUGUUAUGGCGUAUUGCCGUUCAUUGCGCCCGAAGUGUUGCUAGGAAAUCCCGUGAGUAAAUACUCGGACAUCUAUAGUAUUGGUGUAUUGAUGGUCGAAAUUGCCAAUGGAAAGCCGCCGUUUCAUGACCGAGCUCACGAUCAUGAUUUGGCCUCCGAGGUGUGCAGAGGGAGGCGGCCGAUGGUCACCGAAGGAUUUGCACCGGAAAAUUACGUGAAUUUGGCAGCACAUUGUUGCCAUGAGAAUCCAUUGAAGCGGCCCACUGUCAAACACCUGUCGAUCAUACUACCACAUUGGUAUCAGUGCGCGAAUGGUAGUCUGGACGCGAACGCGAAAUGCAAAGACAUUCGUCUAGGAUUCUUGAAAGCAGAACAGAAAGUACAGGAGGAGGCGGAGUACGGUCAACGAAUGGAGAUGAUGGGAUCGUCCGCGAGCGAUGAUUGGGACAGCGAUGAUUUUGCAAGUGACUAUGGAAGCGAAAGUAGCGAGGGUAGUGAGAGGUUUACGUCGAGGACAAGAAGCGAAUUUACGGAUGAAAACGAUGUUUGUGUGAGGGAGAUGAAUGAGCAGAUGUGCGAGAGAAAUGGAGGAUUCGAGAUACAUCCCGGUGCGGUGUAUACAAGUAGACUUUUGAAUUUUGAGAUAUCUGGUUUACAACAAGCUCCUCCUCCUCAACCAUCACCCACCACUGAUAAUGAAAUUGAAUCCUAUUAUAAUGAUUCUGAAUUUUCCCUGGAGUAUGACUUGCCCAACGACUUCUCAAAUUUGG